GAUACUUACUUAACCGCCGGCGUUGCUGUUGUACUAUUAUCAGUCUGCCACCUCGUUCUCUGUUAGAGUUUCUUUGAAAAUUAGCUAAUUAUUCUUGUAGCACAUUUUCAACAUUUUUUCAGCAAUGGGAGGAAGAUCUGUACAGGAUUUACAAGAUAUUGCAAAUAAGCUACGAAUUCUUAGCAUUAAGGCUACAAAUGCCAGUAAUUCCGGUCAUCCUACAUCAUGUUGUUCCAUGGCAGAACUCAUGUCUGUUUUAUUCUUCAAUACUAUGAAAUUUAAAGUUACAGAGCCUAGAGACCCAUCAAGUGAUAGAUUUGUAUUAUCUAAAGGCCAUGCAGCUCCUAUUCUUUAUGCUGCCUGGGCUGAAGCUGGGUUAUUUCCUGAGGAAGACCUGCUCAAACUGAGAAAGAUUGACUGUGACCUUGAAGGACAUCCUACUCCUCGUUUGUCAUUUGUUGAUGUUGCAACUGGAUCAUUAGGUCAAGGAUUGAGUUGUGCAGCUGGUAUGGCUUAUGUAGGAAAAUAUAUUGAUAAAGCUAGCUUCCGUGUUUAUUGCCUCAUUGGUGAUGGUGAAUCUGCAGAAGGUUCAGUCUGGGAAGCUCUUUCAUUUGCUGGGUAUUAUAAGUUGGAUAACCUUGUGGCCAUAUUUGAUAUUAACCGUCUGGGGCAGAGUGAACCAACAAUGUUUCAGCAUCAGAUGGAAGUAUACCAAAAAAGAUUAGAAGCUUUUGGAUUCAAUGCUGUAGUUAUUGAUGGUCAUAAUAUUGAAGAAAUUAUGAAGUCAUUUGAUGCUGCAACACAUAAUAAAGGAAAACCAACAGCAAUAUUGGCUAAAACAUACAAAGGGAAAGGAGUUUCUGGAAUUGAAGAUGAAGAGAACUGGCAUGGAAAACCUUUAGGAGCCAAAGCCGAUGGAGCCAUUAAAGAUCUUUUAAGUGUUAUAGUAAAUGCAAGUUCAUCACCACAAGCUCCAAGUCAGCCCCUGAAGGAUGAUGCCUCACCAAUUGAUAAUACUCCUGUUUCACUUUCAGAACCACCUAAUUAUACAUUAGGCGAAACAGUAGCUACUAGGCUUGCCUAUGGAACUGCGCUUGUGAAACUGGGAGCUAAUAAUAAGCGUGUUAUUGCCUUAGAUGGAGACACAAAGAAUUCUACAUUUUCUGACAAGUUUAGGAAAGCCUUUCCUGACCGAUACAUUGAAUGCUUCAUUGCAGAACAAAAUCUUGUAGGUGUUGCUGUAGGUUGUUCUACUAGAGGCCGAACCAUUCCUUUCACUAGUACAUUUGCAACAUUUUAUACAAGAGCAUUUGAUCAGCUGCGAAUGGCAGCAAUAUCCCAAGCUAAUAUCAACUGUUGUGGUUCUCAUUGUGGAAUUUCCAUUGGUGAAGAUGGUCCUUCACAGAUGGGUCUGGAAGACAUAGCUAUGUUUCGUUCCUUGCCAGGAAGCACUGUCUUCUAUCCUAGUGAUGCUGUGUCAACAGAGAGGGCCUGUGAAUUAGCAGCUAAUACUCAAGGCAUUUGUUUUAUCAGAACAUCACGACCUAACACCCCUGUUUUGUAUGCUAAUGAUGAACCAUUUGCAAUUGGAAAAGCUAAGAUUUUAAAAAAAUCUGGCAAUGAUGUGGCUGUAGUAAUUGGUGCUGGAGUUACUCUACAUGAAGCUUUGAAAGCUUCAGAAAUUUUAGGAACACAAGGAAUAAAUAUUCGUGUUAUUGAUCUUUUCACUAUUAAGCCCUUGGAUGUUAAUACAAUUAGAGCUCAAGCUAAAGAGUGUAGUGGUCGUAUUGUUACUGUUGAAGAUCACUAUCCUGAAGGUGGCAUAGGGGAAGCAGUUGCUGCUGCUGUAAGUUGCUGUCAUGAUACUACAGUUACUCGGCUUGCUGUUAAUGGUUUGCCUCGCAGUGGACCAUCUGCUGCCUUGCUUGAAAUGUUUGGAAUUGGUGCAAGUCAUAUUGUUAAAGCUGUACUGGAAAUCAAAGACUUUUAGAAAUAAAUUCAUAUUUUAAGGAAAUAAGUAUCAUUCCAAGGCAUAAACAGGCACAAAUUAAAUUUAAUAUUUUUCAUAAAUGUUUAGUUUGAUAAGCUUCAUUAUGGCUUUGUAUUUUCACUUUUAUUUGAAUAUUGCCAUUGCCUAGUUGCUUUGUUUGUAAUGAAAUAUGCUUUUCAUAAAGUGUUUAAAAACUUUCUUCUUCAUAAAA